UCUAAAGUGAACUGAGAUAAGAUUAUAUCCGAAUUGAUACGACGCUCAAAUAAGUAAAACUGUUUGGUGACUAACUAAGUAUGAAAUUCAUUUCUCUUAUUUUAAGUGGAGUUCUGUUUCUGGUAUCCUGCUGUCCCCCAGAAGAAUCUUUAUAUCCUUGCGUCUGCUUGACAUAUGAAUCUGAAUCUACAGUUGAUAUCGUCUGUGACGAUUUGGACAACGAACAUGAUUUACAAAACGCAGCAGCAGCUUGUAAGAAGAUGCCGAAUAUGCAUACUUUCAUGAUUGUUAAUUCCGUAUUAAAUUACAUUCCUCAUUCAACUUUCGAAGGCACUUUAUUCAAGUCAAUAGAAGUGAAAGGAACCACCAUGAUUUCAUUAAGUGACACAGAUGAAGCAUUUGUAGGACUGGAAAAUACUUUGGAUUCUUUGGCAAUUGUUAAAUCUACCAUAGGAUUAUGGAAUUGGUCUAAGUUAAAAGAUCUCACCAGAAUGACUCAUUUAGAAGCCAGAGAUGUUGGUCUUCAAUCAAUAGAAAACGAUAUUAACUAUCUUCGUUUUCUUAGAAGUGUCGAUUUUUCAAAAAAUGAGAUUUCAUGGAUUUGCGAUCAUGCUUUUGAAAAUUUUAGUAGCUUAACUCACUUUGUCAUUCCUGAAAAUGAAAUCAAGAAGUUGAAGAGGAGUAUGUUCCCAAAUCACGCAUAUAUACUUCGUUUUAUAAAUCUGAGGAAAAAUCAAAUUCAAACUCUACCACGUGACAUAUUUGAGAACAUGCCCAAACUUACUACUCUUCUCAUAGGUGAGAAUCAUAUUUUGACUUUAGACGAGAAAACAUUUUCACCAAUCUGGGAUAAUCUAAGGUAUUUGGAAGUUGGUGGCAAUGAUCUCAGAUGCGAUUGCAGAAUGACUUGGAUAAUAACUAGGAGACUUCGUGGAAGUAUACUAGGAUACUGCGCUGAACCACCUGAACUGAAGGGAACGAAUUUGACGAAGCUCAAUGAGAAAGAUCUGUGGUGUUAAGAAUUUUAAAGGAUUUAUAAUAUUCUAUACUGCAGUCCUUAUUCAAAGAAAAAGCUAAUGCUGCAAUUUUUUUUUUUUUUUUUUUUAAAUAGCUUCUUUAUUCAGAUAUGGUGAAAAGCAACGAAUAAUAAAUGCACUGAAGUAAUUUUUCAAACAUUAGUUUUUUGCAUGAGAAUUUUUCUUUUUUUUUCAAACAAAAUAAUUUCAUAAAUUAUUCAAAAUUUUUCAAUAUUUUAUUUAACGUUUAUAAAAUGUUACUUUAUAAGUAUUAUGAAUUACUGCACGGUUAUUACGUAGUAAUAUUAAUAUACAGUAAUUUGCAUGUUAAAUGGAAAACGACGCCAGUAAUAUUAAAAUUAUUAAGUAAUUAAUAAUUUCAGUUAAAUAUGACGAAGGACUAUUUUUUGGCUUAUGUAAAUAAAUAAUACACAGAAACACGCAUAAAUACGUGCAGGUGAACACAUUUGAAUACUUCAUAUCCUGUAGCUGAAGUUCACUACAUAUUACGACUGAAAUGUUUUUAUCAAUUGCGUAAAUAAGUAGGAAAAUAAAUUAAUGCAGCAGUUUAUUAGAUUUCAUUUUUAAAUAGUUAUAAAUAAGAUUCAUUUACAUGUAGUAUUGUCUAAUAUAACAUUUAAUACAUGCAACAGUCUAUAUAUUUAGCUUGCUAUUACGACGAGUUUUCAGUUUGACUCAUACUACAUCUGAAACAUUUUCUGCUUUGAUUCAGUUCAGAAAUUAUCAAUUGAUUAUUUCGCAAACUAAAACAAACAUGCAAAUUAAAAUUUACUGUAAGUUUUGCAAAGGUUAUAAUUUAAAAGUAACUACAGUGAACACGUAGAUAAGAACCUCUAAAUGUAACCGGUAUUUCUGAGAACACAGCUAAACAUCGAAAAGGAUAAUUGUAGUUGUUUUUUCUGUAAGAAAACUACUUUUUAAACUGUCUUAGGCCAAUAAAUGUAUUUAUCCGCAUCCA